AGUUUUUUUGACAAUAUGUCAAAAAUACAUUUAGAAAACUUUUACAAAUAAUUAUAUAUGCAUAAUGACUGUGGGAAUGUUUAUACUAUCCCAAAAACAGCGUCAGAACUUAUCAAUAAUUUUUAUAAUCUUAAUUAUAUUUCAAAUUAUUAUUGGGUGCGGUAUGACCGGUUCAUCACUGUACAUAAUCAUUUCAAUAGCACCGAUGUUGAAGCAAGAACAAACAGAAAUUAAUUUUGUAUUUAUAGUAACAGGUUUGUGUGGAACUAAUGUCAUUGUUCACUGGGUGCAGGGAAUACAUAUUAGUCAGAGAUGUUUAAAAAAUGCAAGUAGAAAAAGCACCAGCAGUAUUUUUCUGUCUUGGACUUGUUUGGGAACGGGUACAAUUAUCCAACUUCUCAUAACCGCUCAUUUUGCAAGAAAACUGAACAAAUAUCUAUACAGAUCUAUAAAACAGUCUAUAGCAACAGGUAUGGGUCAAUAUUUGCAAGAUGUAGCUUGGAAAGAAAAUAUGGACAAACUGCAAUAUAAUAACGAAUGUUGUGGAAUGAUAUCUUUUGACGAUUGGCACAAUACCAAAUGGCUGACGAAAUAUCACGUAGAUGUUACAUCGAAAAUGAUCAAACAGAUUCGAACAAAUGGGGAAAUACUUACAUUUCCGGUAGUACCUUGGAGUUGUUGUAAAGUUGAUUUUCCAUUACAAUGUCUUCACGACCCUAUCCAACAAACAGAAUAUGCCCAUAUAUGGGUUGAUGAGCCUUCUAUUGUCAUGGAAUCUAUAAACACUAAAGGAUGCUUAAAUUUAAUAAGAAAACCCAUUACGUGGACUAUAAAUUUAUUUGUGACGUUUGUAUCACUUUCAUGCGUUGUUCACGUAAUUAUUUUUAUGAUAUCAAGAAUCCUAUACACGUCAUCACGAAAUGCUAUAUUAUUAGGUAGUCCGGGAGGAUUAGCGCCUGGUUGGAUUUUUGGAAGAGGUGAUUGUGGAUACUCGGGAGGAAAAACUCUUUUAGAGAUUAUGGAACGUCGUGUCCAGUAUGUAGAAGAAUCCGACUACACUGCAACCGAAACCGAAGAAACAAACAAGACAAAAACGAGCAGUAAAUUUAGUUUUAAAAGAUUUUUCAAAAAGAAACGAGUCUUACAUGAUGCUAGUGAUACUGAAAAAUCAGACGAUGAAUCUGCGAAGUUGUUAAACAAUAACGUUCAAAGAGACUACGAACUGUCUACUGAUAGUGGCGAAAGAAAAACAACACCAGAGGUUAUGUUGCGCAAAGUGAACGAAAUUAAAACAACUUCUGAAAAACCGUUAAAAACUGAUCGAAAUAAGAAUAAAAAGGAGAAAUAUCCCGAUAAAAAGACAGUUGAAAUAUAUCCCGAACAAAUAUCUCAUUCACCAGAAAUUAAAAAUAAAGCUGAAAUAAAUAACACUAAAAAAAUUAUAAAACCUGACUCCUCUAAAGAUAAGAGUAAAACUGAGACUUCUGCCAAGACAUCGAAAUUACCAAUAAAUAAAAAAUCUAAGAGCAAUGACACAGAUGGAAAAAAGUUAAAACGUUUGCAUGAGUAGAACCCAUAUAAAAGAGAAAUAUUACAAUGAACUACUGGAAAAAAUUACUUUUUGCCAACAGUUAUUUCCACAAAAUGAAAGGAAAAUAACAGAUCAUUGUAACGUAGACAGUAUUUGAUGUAGAAAUCAAUAUUUAGCAUUUCUUAAGAAUAAAUAUAUUAAUAAAACCA